AUGGACCAGGAGGAAGCCCGGGCUCGCUGUUUGAGUCGCCCGGCCAAGAGGUACGAGAUAUACUCGAACAAAAAGCGCAACAAGGAGCCGAGACAGUCCGUCAGAAUGCCGAGGAACAGCUCGCUACAGCCCAUCGAGGAGAGCAGCAAAAAUGGUGACAGCAGCUCGAACAACAAUAACGCCGAGCACGAUAAGGACAGCCUGAAUGAGACGGGCAGCACGACAGGUGACACGGUGAACGGCGGCCCCGGCAACGGGGGUGGCUUAGCGUCGUCCGGACCCGGUCGAGCGGAUCGUCACCUCGACGAUUUGCCCGGGGGCCGAUCGCACUCGCCACCCCCCAAGUCCCUGGUAUCCAGGAUACUCGCCAGGUCCAGGAGUCCCGACGAUCUCCUCGACCAUUCGGAGCCAUUUUCACAAUUAUGGAUCGUCUUGUCGAACGUUUACGGCGAGCUCGUUAUCGUCCUAACGAUGGCUCUGUGUUUGGCCGAAGUCAUGGAUACGCCCGUGCCACUACUCAGUCUUCAGGGCAUAUUUCUCAUGUACAUGUACGUGGGCAGCGUAGUCGUCAUCCUAGCCAUUUACAUUUGGGUGCUGGUGGACAGUUGCGGCAGUAUGCGGCGAGGAGGUCGCCGAGGCCUCGGUGACGUCGAGCUCGGGGCCGCCUCGCUCACGAGGUUCGGCUCCCUCAAGCUGGCGCACAUCUCGAGAUCGAGGACUACGCCCACGAGUUUUUACAUUCGCGUCGGAGCUCUACUUUUCGGCUUGGCUACCCUCGUGUUCAACGGCUUGGAGAUGGCCAUGCACACCAUGAUGCAGGGCGCCGAGUGUCUCACCGACGUCAUCUUCGUGCAUCCGGUGCUGCACGGACUUUUCACUUUCUUACAAAUGCACUUUCUCUUCGUCAAUUCGCAAGUGUUGGUUGAGAAAUUCGGUCUCGCUGCCAGAUUCGGUUUCACGCAUUUGGCCGCGACCAACAUCGCCGUGUGGGUGCGUCUGGUCAUAUGGGACUCGGCCCAAGAGUGGACGUACUUCGUUCACGUCGCUCAGCGUGGACCCCUGACUUCGUCGUCGACGCUGAAUUUACGAGGUUUUCCAGAGUCCCUUACCAGACAGUCCAUCAAUGGUAAGUUCCAAUAUCAAAUCCACCAACGCCAAGCCGAGAGGUACGAGCCGAUUUCUCAGGAGCAAAUAUCCCAAGUGGUGGCCCUGCAGGAGUGCCUCAAUACCAACUCGCUGGGACAGCUGUGGACGUCGAGCAUGCCUUUCCUCUAUCCUUUCAUAGUUCAAUUCAGUUUGAUAGCCGCAGCGGUGACCUUUGUCAUGGGCCAGAACGUGGGCAAGUCGUCGCGGGCCCUCCACAAAAAGUUCCACAGCAUGAAGGAUCUGCCGUCGUCGAGUCGGGUCGGCUGCGACGGCUCGUCCAAGGGCCUCUUCCUCGGCAUCUUGUGCAUGGUGGCCGGCAUCGUCGUCAUCCUCAUCUUCCUGGUGGUGCGCGACGACGAGAACUUCCCGGCCACGACACUCACCUGCCUCACCUGCGGCACGCUCAUCGGCAUCCUGGCGCUGAGCGGCGUCAUGACCGCCAGCGGCCUCGUGCAGAUCCGACAGAUGUCCGUGGUGACGCGCUCGCCGGCCCAGCUCGACUCGAUGCUCAGCAACGUGGCCCUCUUCGGGGUGCAGCUUUACUCCAUUUUCACCAUCGUCGUAUGCGCCUGUUCUCUCUUCAAUUUGCCCGACACGGGAGAAGAAAUUAAUAAGGAUAUCGAGGACAUGCGACUGAGGCACACAAUGUUAUUGGCUACGUCCGUUUUGCAAUUGUUGCAAUGCUUCGCUCAGAGCACUCUGAUCGGGGAAGCUUCCAAGCGAUGCUGCAUCACGCGAUUCCAGAUCUUGGCUAAGCCGGGAAGACAAGUCAUCACGUUCCUGCUGUUCAGUAACACUGUUCUUUGGGCUUUCGACACGGUGAUAACUCAAAAUUGGAUAUCGCAGGAGCUGCAAUUGAGAUUCUUCGGAGUUCUGGCUUGGGGCAUAAUAUCUCGAAUCGGCUUGCCACUGCUCAUCUUUUAUCGUUUCCACAGCUGCAUCUUGCUGCUCGAGGCAUGGAACAAGUGCUAUCGCUCUCUCAAGAACGAUCAUCCGCUCAACUGACAAAACAGAAUCUCCAGUAAUAUUGGCUAUCAGUUCAAGCCGAACGUCUGGUGUCCCCGUAAAAGUAAGCCACGCCACAGUCGUUUGUACCAGCGGCAGCGUCGUCGACUGACGCAUCGGCCGCCCUCGUCGUUGAGGAGUACCGACAACAAUCGAAAUCGCGCUCGAUCGACUCUCGCGUACCUCGAGACGCCUCACGCUUAUCUGCACCACCCGUACGUAGACAGCGCCAGCUGGAUGUACCUCGAGCCGUCCUACGCUCUGCCGCCGCCUCCGAGGCUCCAUCGUUUGCACUAUCCGUCGUAUCCGCCACGAGUGCCCAGCGAGCUUAGCUGUUGCGCCUCCUGGAGAAAUCCACAGCCCAGAGGACCGUCCAGGGCCAAGCAGGACAGGAGGUUCAUGUACUACGGUGACGACGGCAAUAAUUGCCGGCUGGGCGACGACGACGACUGCGAGGAGAAUAGGCUCGGCCCGACCGUUCCAGCUGCCGCAACUUUUCGUAAAGUGCCAUGGCACCCCAAUUUGCACAUGCUCAAGUUACGACAAUUAUGACAAAAGUUUAAUCGUCACAUCGUGACUAAUUUAUAUGUACAUUUUCACGGCUCGCGUGAAUAUUCUUCUUUUAA